UCACAGUUUGAAUAGCUCAAGCAAGAAAGCAAAAAGCAAAUAAUAAAGCUUAAGAAAUAUUAAAAAGUUUUACAAAAAAGAAACAAUUAAAAGAAAGAAUAAAACAAGAAAUUGUUGAUUCAAGUUGAAAUCAUAAUUGUUUAAAAGAAGUUAAAUAAAAAAAGAUUUAAAAUGUCUUCAAAUGUUCUUAAAUUGAAACAACCAAUUCAAAUGGCUUCAGUGAAAGCACGCUCGGUUCAAUUGGAAUCACUCCAAAGCUUCUUUAACAAUAGCCCAGCGUCUUCAAAGAUUAUGAACUUUAGAAAAAACCUUUACGAACGGGCGAUCGGCCAACACGUGUACAAAUCUUCAUCCGCUCAUUCAGACCCGUGCCGGUAUGGUGACUUUGAAGUCAAGGGCAGAGCAAGUGACUUUUAGGACAAUGGAAACUCAAGAUCUUAGAAAAUUAUAAAAUUAGUUUUAAGAUCAUUCUUAGGUAGCAAUUAUAGAUAGUAAUUGCAAUUUAAUUUUAAAAGCUAAUAAUGUGAGAUGAGUUCGAUAAGUCAAAAUAUUCUCAUUAGGAAAAGUUUUCAUUCUUUCCUAUCUGCAUCAACUUAAAACUUAACGAACUCAUAAUCUGCACAUAAUAAUUUUUCAGUUUUUUCUAUGUUAGAAGGUAGACUUAAAUUAUUCAUAAUAAUGAUGUAGUAUCUAUUAAAUGAUAAGAACAUUAAUAAAAAAAGGAAAAUAAAUGUGUUUACGGAACACAAUCUCAAUA